GAAUUGACCGCAAGUCAGAACCCGAGCGUCAUACCGAACCUUCGAUAACGCAAUGUCAACUCAAGCCCUUCGUGACGAUCGUCAACAUGGUUGGAACUGAGAUUGAGAAUUUCUUACUGAGAGACGAAAGCAGUGCCUCAGGGACCAUCCCGUUUGUAAUUUGGAGGAAGCACACACUUGUCUCUGACUCCAAUUCACGUAUGACUGGGAGGAAAGUGAUCGACACCGAGAAGAGUGCCAAGCCACAGUUCAGUACAGUACAGUGGCCGAAAUAGAACACAGCAAAGAGGCGAUGGUUUGCCGAGUCUGCUGACCGCCAGCGUGGGUUCCCGAGACCUUGUCUCCGCACACUGUUACCACACAGAACUGUGGCUGAAUGCACGAGGUUCGAUUGCUGUUAGGGGCGGAAGAAGAUGGGAUCAUGUCAAUCGUCCCUCCGGAUGUAGUAGAGUCGACAGGGCUGGGGCCUGACCCUACACGAUGAGCUAAUGCAUUAGCUCAUCGUGCCGGCCCCUUGAGUGCACCUUAAAUAGAGCUCGUCAAGAGAUGAACCUCAGCAGCAGCAAGGCCUCCAUUCCAUUUCUCAAUCUGCCACGAGUCAUUGAGAAGAGCAGUUUCAGUUCGUUUUUCACCUGCCAACGAGCUCAAGUUCAGUUCGGUGCAGAUUCAGAAGAUGGAGUUUCCCACCAUUGUCAGCCCCCAGUACUGCUCCCCCGAGCACGUGAAGCUAUCGGUGGCCAAGCAUUUGGUCGAUUUCAACCAUGGCAACUUCGUCAUCACGGAUAGCAAUGGCACUACACUCUUCAAGCUGGAUCACAAGAAGGUCAUGCUCCGCGAAUUGACAGUGCUGCGCGAUGGUGGUGACUGCCCCGUGGUCAGCAUCCACAAGAAGGCCAUUUCUCUGCAUGACACAUACCAAGUAUAUCGUGGAGAGAGCCACCAGGAGCUGUUCACCGUCAAGGACAAGCACAUGAGAGAUGGCAACGAAGAGACGUACGAGGUUCAACUCGAGGGAGCUCCAGAACCCCAGUUCGAAGUGAAGGGAGACUUCGUCCGCCGCAACUACCAAAUUAUCUUCGACGGCACCACCAUUGUUGCCGAGGUGGCCAAGAAGCAUUUCUCGAUCACAUCAUUCUUGACCGGAAAGAACAAGUACGGUGUCACCAUCAACCCCAACGUCGACCAGGCGUUCAUCGCUGCCGUGGUGACGGUCAUGGAGGCCAUUCACAACGAGGGCAAGGAGAAGGACGGUAAGGGUGACAAGAGCUCGUCCGACUCGGACUAGAGAGCAUGAGGACGAGAGGUUCAAAGCUCUGGACAAUCCGACGUUAGCUUGUCAUACAGGAGCAAAGAAUGAACGAUUUUUUUAGGAGUUGAUAAUAUUUCGGUGAUCCAUUGUGUCCCUCGUGCUUGAGGCCAAACCUUCAUGCAAUAAACACGUGUAUAAUUCC